AUGCGUCUCCUUGAGCUUUGUCCCGAAAUCAUCGUGCAAAUCGGCGAGAGCGUUGAUUCCGAACAAGAUCUCCUGGCGCUUUCCAGAGCUCACCCGGCACUUAGCACCCUUCUCACUCGCUGCCUUUACCGCCUGGACGCCGAAGCCUACGGUGGCUCGGAAUUGUACAGGGCCGCAAAGCGUGGCAGCUUGGCAGGAGUAAAGGCGUCUCUCAAGUACGGUGCAUCACGAUAUCUUGACGAUUUCCGCCUCCGCGACAGCAAUAACGACGAUGCAGAGUACUUAGGGUACUAUAAAAUGAUGACUCCACUGAUGAUGGCCGCAGCUGGAGGCAACUUGGAAGUGGCCCAGUUGCUACUUGGAGAGGGCGCCUCCGUUGAGCCCGAUCUUCAUUGGAGCAUGGAAGGAUUCCAUCAAUCAGCGCUUCAUAUCGCCAUGGAUCGCGGCGACGUGAGGAUGAUCAGGCUUCUGGUAGAUGCUGGCGCCAACGUGGAGCCAUCCGCUACCGAUCCACGUUUUGGGCCCGGAGCCCGCCGCCGAGGACCUCUCGGUCGAGCAAUGGAGCGAGAACAGGAAGAGAUUGCCAUGAUACUUCUGGACGCCGGUGCAAGCCCUCAGCGGUAUACGUUGCGUGGCGACAGCAUGCUUCACAUCGCUCUCCAGAUGCGAAGCAUGGGCCUUGCCACUCGACUGCUGGAGAAAGGAGCCAGUCCAAACGAUUCGGGCUGGCUUGAUCUCAGCCUGGUGAAGGUUGCUGUUCAGCUGGAGUCUCCGGAACUGCUGAAGCUUCUUCUGACCCACGGAGCCAGCUCUGAGCCAAGCGGCUCGUGGGACUCUAUGAUAUGCGAUGCGUGGGAUUGCGCAAAAGUUGCUUUGGAAGGCCGGAAGUAUGAAGUCUUUGAGUGGCUUCUCAAGUACGGGAUCGUCGCCGACACUAGAGGUACCAAGGCCGAAGACGUCCUUGUACUCGCCAUACAGUGGGACAUGCCGGACUACAUCAGGGCGUUGAUUGAGUUGGGGGCUAGACUUGGUGCCCGGGAGAUUGGGGAACCGACGCUGCUCAUGAUUCUCGCGAAGGCUGGCUACUUUGAAGCCACCCAGAUACUUCUGAGCCUGGAAGCGGAAACCGAGUCCACGGAUAUGGAUGGCCGUACGGCACUUUUCCUGGCCGUGAAGAGCAUGGCUGAGAUGGACAAUGUGUUCCAGACCGUCACGAUCUUGCUAGAUGCUGGAGCCGAUCCAAACGUUGUCGGGGAGAUGAUGGAUUCAUUUGUUGAAAAUGGCGCCUUCGGUAGCACCUUCGCGGGAUGGCAUUACACCACGGGCCAGCGUGAGUGCAUCAGGCUAAAGCUCAUGGUCUGGGAUGCUGCACUGCGGUCAAUCGGCUCCCCGAACACAGCCAACACAGUCAAGCUGCUUCGAGAGUACGCCAAGGACCCAGCAAUCUUAGAUGGAGGGAUCCUCAGGCUGGCUGCGAGCCUUGGGAAUGCGGUUGCCGUAAGGUGUCUCCUAGAAAUCUGCGACGGGCUGAACGUGGAUGAAACUGGCAGCUUUGACAUGACCGCUUUGAUGAGGGCGUCGUGCAUCGGCGACCUCGAGUCAAUAAAACUUCUUCUCGAUCAUGGAGCGUCGGUCCACGCCAAGUGCUGGAAGGGUUAUACGGCGCUGCACUACGCCCUCAUCAGGAAAAUCGGGGGUAUUUUGCCGACUCUCGCAGAGUUAUCCCUUGAAGCUAUUCGUCUGCUCUUGGAAAGGGGUGCCGACCCCAGCGCGACACUAGAGCUGAGAAUCUGGGAGCUGGUUCCGCGCGGAAACUACCAGGCCGUCGCCGAACUACUGUUGGAAUGA